UUGAAAUGAAGUUUGGUGGAAAUUUGAAUCGUUAUCUACAGUUUUUUAUCGACGGCUGGAAUCAUUUUCGGGAUCCUUCGGUGGAGUCCCGCCACUCUGCUGUUUACUAUUGGAGGGAGCAGAUGAAAGCUAUGUUCUUAUAUACAACCUCGAAGGAACGCGAACUGCCCUUCCGUUCCACAUGGCACACUUUGGUUAACAUUCAAGUGUCCAUUUGUUUUUCAACAAUGUGCUAUGGCGUUACCGAAUCGUUUGGGGACAAGGUUCAAAUAGGUCGGGAUCUUGCAUUCAUAAUUGGGUUUUUUUUUAUUACUUUUAAAAUAUACUAUUUUCAAUGGUAUGGCGAUGGACUUGACGAGGUUGUUGAAACCCUGGACAGAUUACAUCCUUGGGCGCAAAAAGGUCCUGGUGCAGUGGAUUGUAGAACUGGCAAACGCUGGUACUUCGUGUUAGCAUUUGUUUUAGCUUCAUCCUGGAUGGUUUUUCUGUGCAUUUUUCUAUUGCUACUCAUUACAUCACCCAUGUGGGUCCAUCAGCAGAUCCUUCCUUUUCAUGCCGCCUUUCCUUUUCAAUGGCAUGAUAAGUCGAUUCACCCCAUCAGCCAUGCCAUAAUAUAUUUAUUUCAGAGCUGGUGUGCAGUUUAUACGUUGACUUGGCUCGUGUGCAUCGAGGGACUAUCUGUGAAUAUCUACGUGGAAUUAACAUUUGCCAUAGAAGUUCUAUGCCUCGAACUGCGAAACCUUCAUCGGAGGUGUCAUGAAUAUGAAGAGUUGAGAUUGGAGACGAAUCGCUUGGUGAAGUUUCAUCAGAAGAUUAUUGACCUUUUGGAUCGUACUAACAAUGUAUUUCAUGGAACCCUCAUAAUGCAAAUGGGAGUAAACUUUUUCUUGGUAUCCCUUUCGGUCUUAGAGGCCAUGGAGGCGCGAAAGGAUCCCAAGGUGGUGGUCCAGUUUGCAAUCCUAAUGCUGCUCGCCCUGGGGCAUCUUUCCAUGUGGUCGUUUUUUGGAGACCUGUUGUCCCAGGAGUCAUUGAAAAUUUCGGACGCAGCUUAUGAGGCUUACGAUCCCACCAAAGGAUCCAAGGAUGUUUAUAGAGACCUCUGCUUAAUUAUUAGGCGUGGCCAGAAGCCUCUGAUCAUGAGAGCCAGCCCCUUUCCGCCCUUUAAUUUUAUAAACUACAGCGCUAUACUUAAUCAAUGCUAUGUCAUCUUGACAUUUUUGUUAAACACAUUAGACUAAAUCCUAAAAUGGAAA